CCGCGGCUUCACCAGACUUGCACUCUGCUGAUCUGCGAAAAGAGUAGUUUCCAGGUGAAGUGGCAUGUCUUUGCACAGAUUCGGCGUUUAUCCGCUUGAGGAGGAAUGAAUAAUUAAAAGUGCGGAUCGCGGCGUGAAUCGGGGCGGCGGUGCUUUUCAGACAUCACUUGGGAUUGGAAGGAGGUUCGUACUAUUCAGCGGCUGCCGUUUGGGAACGAGGUCUAGCCCCCUCCAGCACGGGCAUGGCGUCUGGGCUGUGAACCUACAUUAACUUGGCGUUUCAAUGACCGUUUCAGCCAGCGGCUGGCAGAGGAGACACGUGUCAGGGGCAGCUUUGGGGGAAGAGAGGCGAAGGUGGUCUAAAGCUGUGUGAAGAGCCAUUGAGAUUGCAUCUGCCAUUGACCUAUUGUGGUGAUAGGCAAAUCACAAUUCAACAUCAUGACAAAGAAAUGAAGGUUUAACAAUGGGGAGUAGUAAGAGCAAGCUGAAAGACCCAUCUCAGAAACCAAAGGCUGGAGACAACAGCAUUUCUUCCAGUACACAGAAUCUACGUUAUGGUCUUGAGCCAUCACAAGAGUCCCACACAACCCCCGCUAAAACGUCGGGUGUGGAUGAAAACAGCUCCACUAUCACACCAUUUGGAGGGACCACGGAAUUAACACUAUUUGGAGGAGUUAUUUCAUCUAAUGCAUCUUCACCGUCGCAACGAACGGGCCAAUUGGCAGGUGGAGUGACCACAUUUGUGGCAUUGUACGAUUACGAUUCCAGGACCGUGAGUGACCUUUCCUUUAAGAAGGGGGAGCGACUGCAGAUCGUUAACAACACGGAAGGUGAUUGGUGGUUAGGCCGGUCCCUCACUACAGGAAACACUGGAUACAUCCCCAGCAAUUACGUUGCACCUUCUGACUCCAUUCAGGCUGAAGAGUGGUAUUUUGGGAAGAUUACUCGAAGGGAAUCAGAACGAAUGUUACUAAGCCCUGAAAAUCCCAGAGGUACCUUUCUGGUCAGAGAGAGUGAGACUACAAAAGGUGCUUAUUGCUUAUCCGUGUCGGACUAUGACAAUGCAAAAGGCCUGAAUGUGAAGCACUACAAGAUUCGCAAACUGGACAAGGGUGGCUUCUACAUUACAUCACGAACACAGUUUGAUAACCUGCAGCAGCUGGUAGUCCACUACUCAAAACACUCUGAUGGCUUGUGUCAUCGGCUGACAACAGUCUGUCCAACAGUGAAACCGCAAACCCAGGGAUUAGCCAAAGAUGCUUGGGAGAUCCCACGGGAAUCAUUGAGGUUGGAAGUGAAGCUUGGGCAGGGUUGCUUCGGAGAAGUGUGGAUGGGAACUUGGAAUGGAACAACAAAAGUAGCAAUUAAGACUUUAAAGCCUGGUACAAUGUCUCCAGAAGCUUUCUUGCAGGAGGCACAAAUCAUGAAGAAACUUCGUCAUGAUAAACUGGUCCAGUUGUACGCUGUUGUCUCUGAAGAACCAAUCUACAUUGUUACAGAGUACAUGAGCAAAGGAAGUUUGUUGGAUUUCCUCAAAGGAGAGAUGGGCAAAUACUUGAGACUUCCACAGCUGGUUGAUAUGGCUGCUCAGAUCUCGGCUGGCAUGGCGUAUGUCGAAAGGAUGAAUUAUGUUCACCGAGACUUACGAGCAGCGAACAUUCUUGUGGGUGAAAGCCUUGUGUGUAAGGUCGCUGAUUUUGGCCUGGCUCGACUGAUUGAAGACAAUGAAUACACAGCUCGGCAAGGAGCUAAAUUCCCUAUCAAGUGGACGGCACCGGAAGCUGCACUUUAUGGACGGUUUACUAUCAAAUCUGAUGUGUGGUCGUUUGGAAUUCUGAUGACUGAAUUAGCUACAAAGGGCAGAGUACCAUAUCCAGGAAUGGUAAACCGGGAGGUCCUGGAUCAGGUGGAACGUGGUUAUCGAAUGCCGUGCCCUCCCGAUUGUCCCGAGUCCCUCCAUGAUCUCAUGAUCCAGUGCUGGAAGAAGGAGCCAGAAGAGAGACCGACCUUUGAGUAUUUGCAGGCCUUCCUAGAAGAUUACUUUACUUCUACAGAACCCCAGUACCAGCCAGGAGAAAACUUAUAGGCUCAGUCACUGAAGGUAGCAUUGGAGACCGUGUGCAGCUUGAAAAAUGCAAAAAUUCAAUCAGCCUAGCUGCACGCCGCCCUUAAAUCGGCUUAAUAACUGGAAUUCCCGUGCACUGUGCACUAAUUCAUUUUUGCAUAUUCUUCCACAGUGUAUAGCUAAUUUUGUUUAUGAGGCACUAUAGAUAUUUAAUUUGAAUUUCAACACCUAUUGAUGGUUAAGGUUCUGACUGAAGAGGUAAUGAAGAAUUUCCUUGUACAAACAAAGGCAAAAUACCAAAUAAGAAAUUCUGUCUCCUUAAUUGAUUUUUAACCUCUCAAACCUCUGACUGUCCCUUCUAUAGUUUACCUACAAAAACAAAUCUAGAAUGUUAUCUUUACAGCAGCAUUUCCUUCUACGAUUGGGAAAGUAUAGUAAUCCAACCAAGGAUUAAAACACACUAGAGGUCUAUCAUGCUUUUGGUGACAGACUAGUUACUCUAGAGAAAAAUGUUCUUGUAUACAAUUUACUUAACUGGAAAUUGCAACAACAUUAGGACAUUUUGCACAUUUCCUUUUUAGUAUUUUUGGUAUAACAUGCUUUUAUUAUUAUUUAUAUUUUAAUCCGUAUAAAUUGUAGAGAACUAAUUCUGAUUAAUAUGAUGGUAAAGCCUACUUAUUUCAGUGUUUUGUCUCCCCUGUGGUACUUUAUGUAUAUAAUGUUUUUUUUUGCUGAUGAGAGGAACGAAAACAUUGGAUAAGCUGCCAUCUUUUCUGACUUGAUAUAGCAAUAAUGUGUUCAAGAUAAUGAAACAUUUUGCUGUUUCUUAAGAAUAAUAAGUGAGUUGGUUGGCUUGCAGAGAUAGUAUUAAUUGGUUAUAGCAGACAUAUUAGGCAACCAUGAUAAUCGCAUUGUGGUUUCAGUUGAAUAUGUGUGUGUGCAAACCCAGGCCCAUUGUAGUAGGUGUCCUCAGGACUACCAUCUAGUGGUCAAUGUGAAUAUGAGACAAGCAGUUCUGUUUUCCAGACAGAAUUAAUGAGGUGCCAAACACGAAUGCUUAUUACAGACGCACAUUUAAUGCCACUGGAUAUAUGAAAAUUUGCAGAAUACCAUGGUAAAAAUCUUUUUAUUGCAAAUAAAUCAGCCUCAAUAAAUAUUCGCUUAGUUUGAAGCCAAAUGAGUACACCUUUGGCCAUUGUUAUGUGAAUAUUAAAAUAUGCAUUUGUGUGAAAAUUCUUUGUCCUAGAGAUGUUAACCCAUUCAUUUUAAACCUGUUAACAUUGUUAAAAAGGAAUUGCAUACAAAUCCAUAAAUUAUUCAGCACUAAUAUUUGCACAGUGGGAUUUCAAGGCCGUGGAUUUUAAGGUGAUAGAAGUAUUUUUGCACAGGCUGUAAUAUAUAUUCUGUUUUGCACACUUUACCAGGAUUGCAUUGUAGAGAUUUUCUCAUACUCUGCAGAAUGUCUGAAAACAUGUUUCACUGGGUGUUGAAGGUUGUUUCUUUGAUGGGCAAUGACAAUUUACUUCUGUGAUCAUCAAUUUAUUGUUGAUAGCCAAGUAAAGGUCAGCUGAGGGAGUCAGGCGUGGGAAUUGAGCAUCAAUGGACACUAUUGCUAUGGGUACAAACUAUAUAUGUUGGACUGCAUUAGAAUAGCAACGAUCUGUUGUAAUGCAAAGACUGGGGGGGGGGAUCAUAACUUUAUUGAUGGCUCUUUAUUGAAUCACCUGUAAUUUAUGUGCUGUAUCAAGACGUUUAUAAAGUUGGAUCCAAAGAGUUUAGUUUCCAUAAAAUGCUGUAAUGAGCUAUGUUCCAAGAAGGCUCCCUCAUUUCCCCACAAAAAAAAAUGAUGUUCCUCCUGUUAAUUAGUUCUAUUUUAACCUGUGUUACCUUAAUUUCACUACAAUAAUUUCUGAUCAGAAUAGAGUUUUAGCAGUAUCUUCACUGGUAGUUGGUCAAACUAAUGAAUUAGUGGAAACAUUUUGUCUCCCUUCGUAGCUGCCUUCUCAAAAAAAGCAAACUGCUUUCACGUGCGUUGGGAAGAACAGGCUCUGCCUUCUGUUCUUCAGAUCAGCACAAAGAUGGAGAUUGAGAUGGUGAAAUGAAUAGAAGACAAGUGAAUGAUCGUGUGGAAAUUAUCCCAACUUCCUCAUCAUUAGCUGAAUAAUCUUGGCUCUUAAUUCAUGCAAAGUGAAUUUUAGCUAACAUGCUAAUACAAGUUCAGUUUGAACAGCACAUUAAGUGUUUUGUUUCCUUUUCAGGCUGACUAUCAAGCUAACAAUAAUCAGUGCAUGAGAGUUCAGAUUUUGGAAAAUAUAGGCAAGAAAUGGUACAAUUGAAAAAUCUUGUUAAUAAUCCUCUGUGAAUUCCUAAUGAGUGUGAAUAAUUUGUUAUUCAUUAGCUACUAACUGUAGUUGGUAAUGCCUCUUAAAUCACAGGCCUAUCUCUUGUCAUUGUCUCACUGUGAUCAAAGACUGCACAGAAUCUUAAGGAUGCAUUUGGAAUGAAACAAUGUGUGGGGGAAAAGGAAAAUGAAGUUUGUGCUGAAUUGAGAAAAUGUUUUAGCUAGCUUGGUGAAUUGAGGACCAAGGUCACUGGAGUUAAAUGGAAUAGGUUCAGUCAGUCCUUUGUAUAUAAUAUAAAGUAUUACAAGAUUUUAGGGCAAAAUGUAUGCUGUUCAAGUUUUCACUUCCCAGCUGCAGCUGUUUCAAGACAGCACAACAACGUAGUGGUUAGCAUACCACUCUACAGUACCAGCAACCCGGGUUUAAUUCCGGCCACUGUCGGUGAGGAGUCUAUACAUUCUCCCCAUGAACACAUGGGUUUCCUCCCACAGUCCAAAGACGUACUGGUUGAUAGGUUAAUUGGUCAUUGUAAAUUGUCCCAUGAUUAGGCUCGGGUUAAAUUAGGUGUUGCUGUGCGGCAUAGCUCAAAGGGCCUAGUCCGCUCUGUAUCCGAACAAACAAAUAAAAAUUGGUAAAACAGCUACUAAAGUGAUUUUCAUAAUUUCUCUUUGAUGCUCUGUUUUUUAAUUAUCUAUAAUACUGAAAUUCCACGUUUUUUCUUUAUGAAAAGAAUGAAUUGUGUAUGCAAUGUUUUGUUAUUAUGGUACUUAAGACUUACGAUGUACACAUUCCCAAGGCCUGUGCAGAGAAUAUAUUGAUUUUCAAUUAUUAAUUAAUUUUUUUUUACAAAAAAUGCAAUCUUUGCAUUUUGAAAACCUUAAUAUUCACCUUUAUAUAUGUAUUUCCACAUAUUUCUGCUGUGUAUAAUUAUGUUUGGGUGUAAGCUCUUUUGUAAUUUUGGGGAAGGGUGGGGAGUAAGUUUUUUUUUGCAAAUUCAUGUUCCAUUUUUGUGCAAUUAAACAAAAAAUGAUUAAGCUA